AUGGUUAAAUCAGUCUUGGCUUCCGCUCUCUUCGCCGUGUCCGCACUGGCUGCCAGCCGUACCACGGCUCCCUCCGGCGCGAUCGUCGUCGCCAAGUCUGGUGGUGACUACACCACUAUUGGUGAUGCCAUUGAUGCUCUGAGCACCAGCACCACCGACACCCAAACCAUUUUCAUCGAGGAGGGUACCUACGAUGAGCAGGUCUACCUGCCUGCUAUGACCGGCAAGGUCAUCAUCUACGGUCAAACCGAGAACACCGACUCCUACGCCGACAACCUGGUCACCAUCACCCAUGCCAUCAGCUACGAGGAUGCUGGUGAGAGCGAUGAUCUGACUGCCACCUUCCGCAACAAGGCUGUCGGCUCUCAGGUCUACAACCUGAACAUUGCCAACACCUGUGGUCAGGCUUGCCACCAGGCUUUGGCCGUGUCCGCCUGGGCUGACCAGCAGGGCUACUACGGCUGUAACUUCACUGGUUACCAGGAUACCCUCCUCGCUCAGACCGGUAACCAGCUCUACAUCAACUCCUACAUUGAGGGUGCUGUCGACUUCAUCUUUGGCCAGCACGCUCGUGCCUGGUUCCAGAACGUCGACAUCCGUGUCGUUGAGGGCCCUACCUCUGCCUCCAUCACCGCCAACGGCCGCUCCUCCGAGACUGACACCUCUUACUACGUGAUCAACAAGUCGACCGUUGCUGCCAAGGAGGGCGACGACGUUGCCGAAGGCACCUACUACCUUGGCCGCCCCUGGUCCGAGUACGCCCGUGUCGUCUUCCAGCAGACCAGCAUGACCAACGUCAUCAACUCCCUCGGCUGGACUGAGUGGUCCACCUCCACCCCCAACACCGAGUACGUCACUUUUGGCGAGUACGCCAACACUGGCGCCGGUUCCGAGGGCACCCGCGCCAGCUUCGCCGAGAAGCUGGAUGCCAAGCUCACUAUCACGGAUAUCCUGGGCUCUGACUACACCAGCUGGGUCGAUACCUCCUACUUCUAA